AUGUUGAAGGAGGAAAAGAGUUUGCUUCUUAAACUAUGGAAGUUCAAAGGGUUAAAGAAAGCGUUCCAGGAACGCCUUAGGAAAUUGUCGCCGCUUCCAUAUUUAUUAGAAGAAACAAAAUUAAAACUUCAAGAAGCCUUAUCACAAAAACAGAUGGCUGAAAGAACAGCCGAAACGAUAGCAGCUGAAUUUGAAGAAUUCAAGGAACAUGCAAAAGCUAUUGCAGAGGAUGCAAGACGUGUCCGAAAUUGUCAACAGCAGAUGAGUGCUAAACAGAUGUCUGAUCAGCAAGUUACUGAUGAAUUACGAGCAGAAAAUAUUAGAUUAUCCGAAGAGUUAGCAGUGUAUAAAGCAGCUGCAGACACAAACUGCAAAAAAUGA